ACGCUCCCCUGAUUGGUUAGUUUGAAAGAAGCACGUAGGCAGCGCCGCCAUUUAAAGGUUUAAAGUGUUGGUCACUUUGACGAAGAAGCAGAAACGGAACGUCUGAGCUUAAGGUGACUUUAGUAAGCAUCAUGGGAUCCAGUGAGAGUAAAAUGCCUGCAGCGAUAAAACCAGAACCAGCCGUCAAAAAGAGUCACAUCAGUCACCUGAUCGAUCCGCGCUCUCCCUCCACCGGCAUCGAUCGGACCCCCAUCCAGGUUGGUGCUUUUGUGUCCAAAACAUCUGAUGAGCUGAAGAGUGAGAAUGCUUCAGCCUUCAGUGAUCCUCGUUCACCGACCGUCGGCGUCAGCAGGACGCCUGUCAGAGACGUCAUGACAGCCACCGUCGGGUCCUUCGCCCGUCGCCUCGGCUUGUUGUUCCACAGCGAGACUCAGAACAAUCAGAAGACCUUCGUGGAGGAGGAGCUGCCGUCCACUGAGCCGCUCCUCAGCCCGACACACCUGGACACACCUGUGCUGCAGAACCUGAGCGACUCGAGUCCUUUCAUGAUCCUGGAGGAGCCUCAGGUGGAGGUGGAGACGGAGGCAGACAUGAGCCUGGAGGAGGCCACAGAGUCUCCUCUACACAAGAGGCUGAGUCUGAGUCUGAUCACCUGCCAUGAAGGAGCCACGUCCUCCACCGUCCUCGCUGAGGUCCACCACGAAGGUUCUUCAUUUACAGAACCCAGUGUGGAGGUGGAACCUCUGCAGGAUCCUGUGGAACACUCUUAUGCUCUUCCUGCUGUCAGUGUAGAACCAGAGUCUGCUGAGGCUUCUGUUCCCUCUGCAGAGGACGGUUCUCCUGCACCGUCAGAGGAACCAGAACCAGAACCGGCCUCUGCAGAUGCCACAGAACCUCAGCCUCCGUGUUCCUCCGCUGGUCCCAGCACCGGCAUCCGCUGCCCCACCUUCGACCCCAGGAGCCCCAGUCAGGUGGUGUUCAAACCCCAGUGGCUGGGGAGGGGCUUCGGGGCUCCGGGGGUCCGAUCCAGAGCAGUGCAUGCUGGGAAAAGAGGCUCCUCCCCCCUGGCUGUCCGUGUGGCUGUGAAGAACGUGACCAAUGAGAACAAGGGGCAUUGUGGGAAAGCGAAGCAGAAAGGAAGCGAAGGCCGCUCCCCGCUGCAGAUCCUGAAGGAGACCAACUCGCCUCGGGACCAGCGUUCUCAGGUACAGAUGAAGCUGAAGGUUUCCACUCCAGACAAACAGAGGUCCGGUCCGACAGGCCGCCGGGUUCUGGUUUCUCUGGAUAAGGAGAACCGAUGAGCUGCUGCGUCACGUCGUCACACGCCGUCCUUUUAUAUCCUCAACCUGCUUUUAUGUGUCCACGUUUCACAAACUCAUUUUUCUCUUGUAAAUAUUGAACUGCAGCAGUUUUAUCUUGUUGUCAUCGUGUUAAUGUAAAUAAAAUUAUUUACAAAGUUCA